AUGAAUUGUCAAACAUUAAUUGAAAAAUUUGUUAAUGACCGUGAUGAAACAGUUGUUAAUCAACUAGGACAACUAUUAAUAACGAAAGAAUUAACUCUCGUAGAUUUCAUUGUUGAUAUUGGCGAUUAUUUACAAAGUACAGAAUUAUCAAAACGAUCAACUGCUUUAACUUUAAUUGGCAAUAUUCUCAAUCAUUUACCGAAUACAUUCCUACAAUCAAAUGAAAUUCAUCAUUUACUGGUAUUUAUAGGUGCAAAAAUGGGUGAUCAUCAUAUACUUGCACAACCAGCUGUGGAUUUAUUUCGUAUUCUAGCUAAACAAUCAACUAUAAAUGAUGAAGAUUGUGUAAUAAUGAUGAAAUCAAUAUUUUCAGAUGUUUAUGUUCAAUCAUUUCCACAAGCCAGUCGAUAUAAUGUUUUUGUUAUUUUAUUACAUUUUCUUUUAUAUCGUUUGGAUGCUGUUCAACAACUUGGUAGUGAUUUUGUUUGUAAUUUCAUUCAAGCAAUGGAUGGUGAACGUGAUCCAAGAAAUCUUGUUCUAUGUUUUCAAUGUUUACAAUAUAUGACGAAAUAUUUAGAUAUUGAACCAUAUAAAGAAGAAUUGUUUGAAGUUGUUGCCUGUUAUUUUCCAAUGGAAUAUAAACCGAAAGCAACAAAUUCUGAAACUGAAGAAACAAUUACACAUGAACAGCUUGUUCUUUCUUUACGUAAUGUAUUAACAUCAAAUGAGAAAUUUGCUCAAUAUUGCAUUCCAAUGUUAAUUGAAAAACUUGAAUCGGAUAUACCAACUGCUCGUUUAGCUGCUAUGGAUGUUUUUAUUCAUUGUAUUGAAGAAUAUAAUGCUCGUGAUAUAACUUCCUAUUUAGUACCAUUAUGGAAUUUAUUUAGUAAACAAGCAUUAUGUGCUGAAAAUCAAGAAAUUGAAACAAGUGCACUUCGAGCAAUAACUUCAUUAAUGCAAUUAAUUGGUAAAUCUAUUCAGAAUGAUGAAACAGAAAUUUCAACAAAGAAAUUUGUUGAUCGAUCUAUUCGAGAAUGUGAAAAUUUUCUUAAAGAACUUGAUUUAAAACUUGUUUGGCCAGCAACAAAAGUUCUUCAUGCUGUUGCACGUGCUAAUACAACAUGUUCAUCACUUAUAUGGUCAAGUAUAUUACCAUUACUUAUGAAACAAUUUGAAAAUUUAGAACAAAUUAAUCAUAAACGAACGAUACUUGAUAUGAUUAUUUAUUUUCUUCAACUACCGAAUAUUCGAACAACGAUUAAAUUACCAUCUGGUAUACCUGAAGAACUUUGGAUUCUUAUAUCAACACAUUUUCAGACAUAUCCAAGUCAUUGUUUAUCAUUAAUUCAUAAUCUUUUACAAUUACAUGCUGUACCUAGUCAAGUACUUGAGGAUGAUUUAACAAAAUUUAUUUUACAAGAUAAUAUAGCAGAUGAAUUAAAAAUCAAAUUAUCAGCAGUUUUGAGAAUGUUAGCAUCAUCGGUAUCAUUUGAUCGUAUUUGUACGAAUAUACUUACAAAUUUAAUUCAAUCAUGGACAGUUACUAAAACUGCACCAACGAAUGAAACAUUAGAAUGUUGUAUUGAUUUAUGUCAUAAUUCCGAACGAUGCCAAGAACGUCUUGAACGUUUCUUUUUUCCAUCAGCACAAUUUAUUCGACUUUUACCAAGUCUUUUUAAAUAUUUAUCACCCAUAUACAUCUUAACAAAUUUAUUUACAUCUUUAUUUGAUUUAUUAUUAACUUUAAUUGAUCAUGAUCAAUAUGCAAAAAUUUUUUGUUCGAAAUGUGCUUCUGUUGCUAACGAAAGUUGUAAAACAUUUGUUGAGAAUUUCUAUCAAAGCAAUCUAUUCAAUGAUUCAAUAUGGCAAACUGAUAAACAAAUGAAUUUAUUAGUAAUUAUGUAUUUUAUUGGAAGUUUAAAACGACAGUUUUUUCAAAAUGAAUUAGAAAUAAUUUUCAAUAGAAUAAAUAAAAAAUUACUCGAACAAAUAUUGAAUCAUUCAUCCAAUGAAAUAAUUAAUAUAUAUUGUUACUUUUUUGGUAAUUUAAUCAAUAAAUUAUCAUCAAAAAAUGAGAUCAUUGAACAAGCACAAACAAUAAUAAAACAAUGUGAAACAUCUCUCGAUCAAGUACAUAUUCAUUUAUGGAUAAUUCUAGUUAAAGCAUUAAUUUUAUCUCGUCCUACAAUGAUUGAACAAUAUAUUUCAACAUUAAUAUUAUGGAUGAAUGAAAAAACUCCAAUUGGUGAUUUAGCAUGUCAAUCAUUAAAAGUUUUAACUAAUUUCGAUGAACAAUCUUUAUUAUUAUCAUCACAAACAGAUUGUAUUAUUCAUCCAAUGGUCAAACAAAUUAUUUUCAUGAAUAUACUUUCAAAAAUGAAACCAUUUUUGACUAAUAACGAUUUAUUACCAAAUCAAAUGAAUGUAUUAGUUGAUCUAUUAGAUAAUAUACCAAAAUCCAUUAUUCAAAAUGAAAUAAUAUCAUUAUUACCUAUUUUGAUUCGAGCAUUAACAUUAUCGAAUGAAACCGUCUGGUCAUCGUCACUUAAUUCAAUUUGUAAUUUGAUUAAAUCUGAACCAAAUACUAUAAUUGAUCAUAUCGAUACAAUUCUUCCACGUUUAACAGCUUUAUCAACUUAUAAAAAAGAUAUGUCGAUUCGUAUUACAAGUUUACAAUGUUUAAAAUAUAUAACAAGUUUACCGAUACAUAAGCUUCAACCAUAUCGACGUCAUGUCAUACAUGUAUUAAAAACAUGUGUUGAUGAUCAUAAACGUCUUGUAAGAAGACAAGCCGUAGAUACACAAAUGUCAUGGUGCUUAUUGAAUGCAUAA